AUGACCAGAACUUCCGUCCUAGCUGAUGCUUUGAACUCCAUCAACAACGCUGAAAAGACCGGUAAGCGUCAAGUCUUGAUUAGACCAUCUUCCAAGGUCAUCAUCAAGUUCUUGCAAGUUAUGCAAAAGCACGGUUACAUUGGUGAAUUCGAAUACAUCGAUGACCACAGAUCCGGUAAGAUCGUCGUCCAAUUGAACGGUAGAUUGAACAAGUGUGGUGUUAUCUCCCCAAGAUUCAACGUUAAGAUUGGUGACAUUGAAAAGUGGACUGAAAACUUAUUGCCAGCCAGACAAUUCGGUUACGUUAUCUUGACCACCUCUGCUGGUAUUAUGGACCACGAAGAAGCCAGAAGAAAGCACGUUUCUGGUAAGAUCUUAGGUUUCGUCUACUAA